AUGGAGGAUACCAUCCAGUCCACCUCGGAGAUACAGUUGAAAAUACCGUUACAAGAUACAUCACAACUUAGGAGAUGGCGGCUUUUCCACGGUAUGGCUUGCGAAAGACAGAGAGUCAGGCUUUCCUCAGACUAUGUUGUUCAGCUGCUUGAUGCCUUCUCUCACAAAGGCCCUAACGGGGUCCACCAAUGUCUUGUAUUGGAAUUACUUUGUCCUUCAAUUGAUAAGGUCCUCUCGGACUACUAUGAGAGCCACGACAAGCUCCACCCGGAAACCGUUCUCCGGAUUCCUAUGCAGCUUUUGAAAGCUAUCAAAUCUAUUUAG